GGGAGGAAGAGUGGUCGACGAUGUGUCUGCAGAUUGUGCGGGAAAUCCAUUUGUGGGGGCAGUAGAGAAGCGAAGGAACAUUUCUUCAAAAGCAAGUAGUUCAGAUGCCCGGCGGGGACCCCUGCUGUGUAUUAUACCAUAUGGGCGAAGAACAUGGACAAGUGUCCGAAGGACUUUGUUGUCUCGAUUGAGGAGUUGAAGAGGCUCCCUCCUUGCGCUCCGGCAUUCCAGUGGCCGGAACUUUUAUUCCCAGAGGUCUCGGAGCCUCGCCGGUCGCUUGCUAGUGAGGCAGGGCCGUCUCGCGGUGCAGUUGGUGCACCAGUUCUGGCACCUGUGGCGGGAGGACCGUCGGCCGGUGCAGUCCCACCGCCGGUACUUGAAGGGACCGCGGUGCCGUCGGCAGAGGCAACGAUACCACCACCUGCGUCGCUCGAGGGCCACCGUAUCUCUCCGUCGGUUGGAUUGCAUCCUAUGUUCACGACUACCGCAGCCAGAGCAUCGGCUGCAGCAGGAGCUCCUCUUGCGGGUGACCGAGGCACAACUGCGGCAGCCACGACUCGGUGGUCUCCACCUCGACCUCCACGUUCAGCUCCAUCUUUGGCAGCGGCUGACUUGCGGGCGCCACAGCGCACAGGCGCGGUACCUACGUCGCGGUGGUCUUCUCCUCAUCCUCCGCGUUCAGCUGCCCCUCAGUCGCACCCACCACCGCACCAGGACGUGCAGGGGACUGCGGCUCACACGCAUCCACCAUCGACUCAGGCGGCAGAGGGCACGGGUCCGCCCCCACCAAUUCCACUAUCUGAUUCUUCGCCCACGCCUGCUGUCGAGACUGCCCCCACAUUCGCUGGUGUGGUCGCAGGGGAUUUGGAUCCUAUGGAGCGGCUACGCAACAUUCCACUUCCACAGGCCGCCACACCGGCGAGUCUAGCUGGUUUGUUUGACAUGAGUGCCUCUGGUACGGUCGCACGAGGGAGGGGCACAUACAAGCAGCAGGCGGUCACCUCAGGUGCAACGGUUAUGCGGGGGAGGAAGGACGCGCAAGCAUUGGAGAAGGCAUGGUUGCACAGGUUGAAGACCCUCGAUAUCCAGCUCAGCGACAUCACGGCGUUUGUCACGGAUUCUGCAGGGUCGCCCUAUGAGAGAGCUUGGUCCCGUUGGAGUUUCAUCCACUCGAAGACUCGCAAAAGGUUGGAGGUUGGACGGGCUGAGAAGCUCGUGCGGUGCCAUUGGAACCUCCAUCUUCUCGACCGUCCAUCUCUGACCGAGGAUGCUCCUCACGACAAACCCGAUCAAUUCGGGAAGUGGGUUCACUAUUGGCAGCAUUUGGAGGACGAGUUGCCCACUGACCAGCAGCUUGUUGCGGGGAGUGGAGCGAGAUUGGCAGCCACACAGGAGGAGAUGCGUGUGGCGAGGGAGCGGAUGCGCAGUGUUUCUCGCAUGGGCACCGAGCAUCGCCUUGUCCAAUCGAACAAGAGACGACGUGGACGUGUUCGGGGUCGUGGCGGGCGUGGUGGGCGUGGGGGGCGUUCUGGUCGUGGACGAGGUGGGCAUGGGGGACGUGGACGUGGAUCAGCGGGCGGGAUAUGUCCUCGUAGUGCGCAACUUGGGCUGCGUGAUGAGGCGAUGGUCAAACUUAUUCGUUUCCCUCGACAACAUUGGGACAAGGGUGAUUUUUUGUAUCACAGCUCCGAUAGCGACGACGAGGAUUUUUUCUGUACCGCCAUGCCGCGAGGCGGAGACGACGACGGCAGGCCGGACGACGACCGUCCGGAUGAUGACGAUAGUGAUGAUGGAGCGGGCGACGGUCGGGACCCUCAAUCGUUGAGACGGGGUGGUGGCACUGGUGGGAGAGGUGCUGUUGCACCACGAGAUGCAGCACGUGAUGGCGGAGGAUUAGACGUCGUCGACGGUGGAGGCGGCUCAGGUGGGCCACAGGCCGAGGAUACCGGAGCAGCGCUGGAGCGUACACGUGCGGAUGUGGCUAUGGACGCCGAGCAGCAUGUGGGAGUGGACAUUGUCGACGGUGGAGGCAGCAGGGAUGGACAGGCCAGUCCCCCACAUGGCUCGAGACCUCACCUCUUACGAUUGCGGCAUGGGCCGAAGAGGACACAGUUGAUUGCCGAUCGUGUGCGGCACCGCCACGGGACCCUCCCCCCCACCGUUCGUCCACGAGCCGUUGAGUCUGAGCUUGUCCCCGUUUCCGAGGACUCCAUGAGUGAUGGGCCCGUCGAUGAGCGACACCCGUCACCUGCAGGCUCGAUGUGGGAGACACAUCCGAUUGCCGACGGGGCACAAGAGGACGCACGUCCAGUUCAUGGCGCAGAGCAGGACGCACAUCCACUUCCACGCAGUCCAGUACUCGAUGGUGGUAUGGACGCGGCUGACGUGUGCAUGGAGGUGAUGGAGGCGAUGGACUUAGGAUGUCCCCCUGCGCCGAUGACGGACGGAGGAGCUUAUGCGGGGGGGUCUGGCCCACCUGUGCCAAGGUUGGCAGCAUCGUCUUUUUACGACCGGGGGAGAGCAGCACCAGUCGAUGGCGGAACCGCGGCAGGGAGGAGUGCAUGCGGCAUUCCAGAUGUGCCCUUUGGAACACGUUCCAUCGUUGCUGUUGGCGGUCGUAACCAUGGUGCGAUGCGUGAGUAUGAGGACCAGCAUGGCAGACGGCUGGCCACGAAGACAUCAGAUGUUGCCUUCACCAGGGUGGUAAAGGCUAGUAUGUCGUGUGCAAAGAGUAAGGGCGGACGCGAGAGGUCUUCACAACAUUCGAGUCAUCGUGGCACCGCACCAAGGGAGUCUGUGCAUGGUGACACUCAGGACGAGGAGGUUGCUGCAACGCAUGGUGGUGUACCGGAGGAUGGACAGGCAGGUAAUGGAGGCCGUUCACGCAGAUUGUCACACGUGCAUGACAACUCCGGCAGCGCAGGGGAUGAGCGGCGCAACCACACCGAGGGGGCUGGUCGUGGAGAGAAGAGACGAGGUGCUCUCACCAUUGUACACGAUGACAGUUUUGACAUCCCGAUCGGCGAGUCGACGGGGGCCGACAACCCAGGUGACUCCGAUUAUAGACCGGAUGGAUCUCGACCUUCACGCAUGGAGUAUGGAUCUCGACCUGCACGCAUGACAGAUGGAUCACGACCAGCACGCAUGGCGAAUGGAUCUGAUCCUGGAGGACGUCGACUCAGACGCAGGGCAACACUCGAUGCACAGGGACAUUUGACUCCUUCGACUCUGAGACCAUUCAUUCCCCGGCCCCGGGUUGACAGGGGCGAACAAACUCGUACAGUCCUACUGGCAAUAGAGCAAGUGACAGCAGCUGUCAGCAGGGAACCUAUUGAUGCGGAAACUGCGGUGGUAUGAUCGUAUGAGUCCGUAUGACUCUUGCACAUGUUUGGUGUUAGUGACAAUGAAGAACCUAUUGAUUC